UUGAACAGCCUUGAAGAGUCAAACUCAUUCGAAAAGAUUGGCAAAGGAUGUUUCGUUGACUGCCAAAAAUUGAGUAAAGUUGAUUGCACAAAGAUUGGUAUUUUGAAUGAGUUCACAUUCUAUCAUUGCUCAGGACAAACAACAUUCACAUUUGGUGACAAUCUGAAACUCAUUUCAAAGAAUGCAUUCUUCAUGUCAUCAAUAGAAUCAUUCACAGUUCCAGCUAAUGUCAUCUCAAUUGAACAGCAGGCAUUUUCUCUUUGCAAGAAAUUGACAUAA